AUGUUUAUCCAACUUUCAACUAUCCUUUCGAUCUUUUACAUUUCAUCACUCCCAUUCGUAGGGGCAGAUCAAGAAUACAUUACGUCUGACGGUGUUGUGUAUGGCGAUGCGCUUGUCACUAGUACCAUCAAACCACCAAAAGUCUACGUGACUACUAGUUAUUUUACAGCUACUCAGGUGAGACCAGUUACUUUGGAUAAUUUGUCUGUGACAGCAACAACAGAAGCUGUGGUAGAAGGUACUACUAUGAGUAAAUCUGAUCCAGGAUCUUUGAGUACUGCGGGAUCAGAUUCUAGUGGUAGUCAAUCUUUCGGCGGCAAUCCAUCUACUAGCUCUCCGUCUGUCACCACUCCGUCUGUCAGCAGCUCAUGUAGUAGCACUACUCCAUCCACUACUCCAUCCAGCAGUACUCCAUCCAGCAGUACUCCAUCCAGCAGUACUCCAUCCAGCAGUACUCCAUCCAGCAGUACUCCAUCCAGCAGUACUCCAUCCAGCAGUACUCCAUCCAGCAGUACUCCAUCCAGCAGUACUCCAUCCAGCAGUACUCCAUCCAGUAACAGCCCAUCCAGCAGCAGUCCAUCUACUAGUGCUCCAUCCAGCAGCAGUCCAUCUAGCAGCAGUCAGGUUUACUCUACUAGUUCAUCAGACUCACAAAGCUCCAACAGUCGUUUCACUUUACAACCUUCGUCUACCUACUCCAUUACAAGUAACACGGCCGUCUCAGCAUCAAAUUCAGACAGUACUUCUGGCAGUACAAACUCCGGUAGCAGCUUGAGCUCAAGCUCAUCCGUCCCUUCCGGCAGUGCAAAUUCCGAUAACAGUUUGAGCUCGAGCCCAUCUGUACCAUCCGGCAGUGCAAAUUCCGGUAGCAGCUUAAGCUCAAGCUCAUCUGCACCUUCUGGCAGUGCAAAUUCCGAUAACAGUUUGAGCUCAAGCUCAUCUGUAUCAUCUAGUGGAAGUGCUUCCCCAAUCAGCGUUAGCUCCUCUGGUAGCUCUUCCGUAACGGCGAUUUCUUCCACUAGUCCUAGUUCUUUGGCAAGCGGUUCUGGCAGCUCUGUGUAUAGCUCACCAUCUGCAAGUGCUUCUUCUAUUCCAAGUACCUCAUUUUCAAGUUCGUCAAUCACAGCAAGCCCAAGUUCAAGUGGUUCCUUUUCCACUAGUAGUUCAUCUUCUACCAUAAGCGGCUCAAGUUCAUCAUCAUCUCUGCCAUCUAGCUCAUUUAGUUUAGCUUCUGGUAUGACACCAUACAGUACAGUCAAGGGAUCAGAUAGUACAUGUACAGUUUACUACGAUGACGCUGACUACUACAGUACUGUUUAUCUAACAUCUCCUGGUCAGUCUGUUGAUGCCGCCACUACUUUGACCAGCACAAAAACAGUUUACAAAACCGUUACAAGAGUUUGA